AUGAAUCCGAGCGCCACUGCGUAUGUGCCGUCAGCGGUGAUUGCCAGCGCGCUCGCACGGCGAAAGCCUGCACCGUCUGUAACCCCACCUCUGUCCUCUCAGAGUCCAGAAGGGAGCCGCUGUCAAGCCACUCCAGUGACCGCGGCCCCGAUGACCGCAGCAGAGCGGCUGCGCCGCUCAAAGGACAACGCAGUCCACCAUCCGAAGCAGUCUGCCGCCACCUCCUCAACCAUCUCCCCGGCGCACGCCCUAUCCUCAUCAAAUUCUCCUCCGACGGCGAACGCGGUGGAGCCGGUAGAGAUAUCACCGUCGCCACCCCACCAAGGAGCCCCCAUUCUCCGCUACUCGAAGCAGCAGCUCUUGUCCUUACGCCCUGCGGCCAUCGAGCAAGUCAUGAGAGGCCGCAUCGUGGAUCAUCCACCGUUCCUGAAGAUUCCGGAGAGCUUUGUGCCGCUGCUUGGGCUGCCAUUCGCGAUGGAAUACGUUAACGUGGACGCUGCGAUGCGGCUUGUCGAGCAUCGAUCGUAUGCAAGCCGACCUGCCUCAUCGCCGCCCACCAGCGUCGCUCGCACCGAGGACCUCGACGACGAGGCGCAGGCGCGCCUGUACACCUGCCCUAUCUGCGCUCAGGGUGGGCCCCAUUCCUGCACUGCGAUUCAGCACAUCCUUCAGCGAACAAGUCGGUACUUUAUGUCGACCAAGCUGGGAGCGGCUCUCAUGCAGCCGACGCUGGUUGUGGAGUCACUGCUGCGGCUGGCGCUGGUGUUUGAUGCCAAACAAAGCUCCUUGCGCUUGCGCAUGCUGGCGGAGCAGAGCCCUCGUGUGGUGCAUCUCGUCGAGGAGUACCUGUGUGGCGAGGGGUACCACCUCCCGCUGCCGCCCGUCACGGCGCACGAGGACUGGGCGGCGCUCAACGCCAUGCUGAAGUUCGACGCCAUUCGAGACAACAAAACCCGCGUCAUCACGGACCUGUCGAAGCACUGGAAAAAGCGUCGCACACAGUUUGAGCAGUUCGUAUACUUUUUUGCCUUCCGCGACGCGCGGCCGGUGAGGCCGGCCAAGAACAUCAUCACACAGUCUGCGAAACCUGGUAUGGUGGCCAUGCUGACGGGGGAUGUCCCGGCCAUGGUUCUGCUUCACCGCCUAGGCUUUUUUAUUCCGCCAGACUACUACUGGAAAGUCUUCCCUUUCCUGCGUCAGGCGCUUGGUGAGGGCACCCUGGCGUAUGACAUUGUAAGGCAUCUCGGUCUCUACCUUUCCUCAUCUCAGCCAGCGGACAUGUACAACCCGGUUGAGGUACCUUUACAAGCGUAG